AUGAUUCUUUUUUUUGUUUACGGCAUACUAGAAGAUGGACGUGAAGUGGCAGUGAAGCACCUAGAUAAAUACGGAUCCAGUAGAGAUCAACAAUUUGAAAAUGAAAUAACUGUCCUGGCUAAUGUACUUCAUCAACAUCUUGUCUUAUUAUAUGGAUGCACCACACUCAAAAGCCGCGAAGCUCUAGUCGUGUAUGAAUUUGUCCGCAAUGGAACUGUGGCUGAUCACCUUCAUGGCAACAAAGCCACACCUAGAAAACUUCCUUGGCCUAUGAGAAUGAGAAUUGCUGUGGAGACAGCAAGUGCAUUGAAGUAUCUUCAUGCAUGUAAGGUUAUCCAUAGAGAUAUGAAAACAAGUAAUAUUCUUCUAGAUUCUGAUUACCAUGUGAAAGUGGCUGAUUUUGGACUCGCACGCUUUAUACCAACCGAUCAUAGCCGUGUUUCUACAACUCCACAAGGGACUCUAGGUUAUCUAGAUCCUGAGUACAACAUCACUCAUGAAGUUACUUAUAAAACUGAUGUGUACUGUUUUGGAGUGAUUUUGAUUGAGUUGAUAACAUCGUUUCCUGCUUAUGAUGUCGAGAGAAAGAAUACAGGUGAUCGUAACUUGUCUGAAACUGCUAUGAAAAGAAUUACAGAUAAAACUUUUCAUAGUAUUGUGGAUCGUACUCUCGGUUUUGAUUCAGAUUCUAGGGUGUGGAAUAUGAUUAAUGGUGUUGUUGAGCUGUCAUAUCAGUGUCUCCAAAGUUCCGGAGAUAUGAGACCAACAAUGAAAGAGGUGUUCCAACGUUUGCAAUUACUUGAGAAAGAUAAUGAAAUUCAACCUGAAGUAGCUGGAAGCUCUAGCCCUAAUGAGGAAAUUAGGUUGAUCAAUAAUGAUCUAGCUUCACUUUCCCCUAGUUAA